AUGGGAGCUCAGAGCAGUGCGGAAGCGGAGCGCCCUGACACCGCGUCGGCUGCAGCCGUGCCUCCCGAUCAACCACGUGUCCUGGGCCUGCACGAGUUGAGACUCCAAGACAUAGAGGCUGCCAAAGCCGAAGAGACAGAAUUGAACUUCAAGCUCGAGAAGAAGCCCAAGUGGGAACGCUUCUGUGCAAAUGCUGUAUGGUUCCUAGUGGUCUUGGCUAUCUCCUCCACCGUGCUGGGGGUGCCUGAAUUCCAUGACAUAUCUGUGGCAUUCCUCAUGUGCUCCAGCUUGAUCGCAGGAUUUUCUGGCUCCUACCUAUGGACCAGAGCGAGCACACGACAUGCCAGCUCAACAGCUGGCUUCUUGCUCUUGACCUGGAUCGUCGGCCUCGCACAAACUGGUCAGCAAAGGUCUGUGGAGUAUGUGAAGGAGCACUUGAUGGGCCUGAUGUUCUUCGCAGUUGCAGAAGCAUUUUGUCGUGCCAUCCAAGCAGUUUGGGUCCUCUAUCUCCCACUACAGCGCUUGGAUGCACUGCAGCUUACGGCUGGUACUGAGUUCAUCCCCAUACCAGACCUGAAGCGUCGAGCUCGCCGAGUUGGAUAUGCCUACGCUCCCAUGUGUGCACUCGGUAGCGUCUUCACCAUGUUGUGGCUGGAAUCGCUGUGGGUCGGACGUGACAAUGACAACAAGAUGGUGAUGUACUACAACCCUACAUGGCGAAUCUGCCAGAGCGUGUCUCAAAGCAUUGUCCAGAUUCUUUGGUUAUACAUCCUGUUCGUCUACCGCGAGAUUAUGACCGCAUGCAAGCAGAUUGCGAAACGCCUGAAGGGCACAAUGCAAGUCGUGGAGAUCUCCAGCAGCUCAGAGGCCUGCUAUGAAGCCUUUAAGAUGGCACAGAGAACCAUCAGCAUGGAGCGCUGGGGUCUGCGUGUCAUUUGGCUCAGUACCAUUCUGCUCGGCCCUCUUGUAGCCUUGCUGACGGAUGUUCUUGAUCCCAAAUCGAAAGCGGGGGGGUACAUUCGUGCCCUGCUUUUGCUGGUGAACAUCGGAGGAGCUUGGUUGUUGGCCAAUGCACAUGGGAUGAGCAAAGAGAAGGAGUUUGGCUUCACAAUCCUCUCUGCGUUAGUCUUUGGCUUGCUCUUCUCAGGCUUCAACGUGGCAAAGGUCAGCAUCGUUCUCUGCCCCUUGUUGCUGGUCUUGGCCCUGUUGGCGUGCAUUAUUGGCAAUUUUCAUCGUUUGCAGGACUGGAUCUCUGCAUGCAUCUGCAGAGUGCAAGAACACUUUUCAGACACCCGGCGCAGUGGCAUGGAGGCGGAAUGGCGCAAGAAGGUCACGAGCCUGUCGCGGCGAGGUAUCACUGCGAGGUCCUUGAUUCACUUCUACCAGAAGUUGGGCCAAGAUCUCAUGCCACAUUACCGGGCUGCGGUGCAUACUACGAAUGAUGUGGUGCGACAGGCCAUCAUCCCUUGCACGAAGGAGAUGCGCUGCGCCUAUGCCGAGCUGGAGGGGCCUCGCAGGGCUGAGAAGAUGGUGACCCACAGCUGGCAGAACUUGUUCUGCGAUCUCAUCGCAGCAGUGAUUGCUGAUGCGGUGCAGGAGACAAGCUUUGACUUGGUGGCAAGUUUGUUGGAGAGUGACGCAUCAAUCCUUGAAACACUGCUAGAGCAGAAAGGCACUGCUGACAAUGUCUAUUGGAUUUGCGCCUUCUCCGUGAACCAACAUGCCGGAAUUUGCGGUGGAAAUCCCAAGCAGGAUCGGGAUUCCUUGACAGGCCAGGUGCACCAGGUCUGUGACUGCGGCCUGCCAAAGAUGUUCAACAACACUCCACCGUUGGCAGGGAAUGGUGAAAGCAUCGGCUGUGAAAUGAACAAGUUCGAUGACAUGAUGGCCUUACUUGCGGCCGGCAACCCGGACUUUGCACAAGUGGUUGCUGUGGACACCUCAUUCGGGCUUUUCAGCCGAGCUUGGUGUGUUGCAGAAUUGGUGAAAGCAGAUGAGACGAAGCUCAAGCAACAUGUCAAGAUGCACUCGAUGCCGAUCUUGAAGCAACGGGCUGGCAGCCUGCGCAACUUGAGAGUGCAGGAUAUGCAGGCCUCUCGUCCGGAGGAUGUGGAUCACAUUCUGAGCAGAAUUGACAACAAGGAUGAGUUCAACCAGAAGUUGCAGAGGCUGAUCUUUGACAAAGCGGGCCUGUUGUCUACCUGGUGCCAUCUUGAUGCCUCCCGUCGGAUGGAAGAAGUGGGGAACCUCCUGAAGUGGGGCGUCGCGGAUGAUGGCAAAGGCGAAGUUUGGCAGUUCUGGAACAAGUGGACUUAG